AUGCAGUUUCUAAUCUAUCUAACCAACUACACCUACACCAACCCGAUCCUCCCCGGAUGGCAUUCCGACCCGAGCUGCGCCUUCAUCGCCGCCUGGGAUGAGACUUUCUUCUGCACGACGUCGACCUUCCUCGCCUUCCCGGGGAUCCCCAUCUACGCCAGCAAGGACCUCAUCCACUGGAAGCUCGUCAGCCACGCACUGUCCCGCCCGUCCCAGGCGCCGUUCCUGCUCAACGCCACCGGCCAGUCCGAGGGGAUCUACGCCUCGACCCUGCGCUUCCACAAGGGCACGCUGUACCUGACCACGGCGCUGAUCUCUUCGACCGCGCCCAACGGCAGCGAAUUCCUCGUCUUCACGACCACGGACCCCUACGCGGACGCGGCCUGGAGCGAGCCGAUCACCAUCACCACGACCCUCACCGGCUACGACCCGGACCUGUUCUGGGACGCCGCCGACAACGACCGACUCUACCUCACCAUCGCGGGGUACAACCACUCCGCCACGCCGCUCAUCUUCCAGUCCGCCGUCGCCCUCCCCGACUGGACCGCCACCUCGUGGCGCUACCUCUGGAACGGCACGGAGAACAUCUGGCCCGAGGGACCGCACCUCUACCGCAAGGACGGAUGGUACUACCUGCUGAUCGCGGAGGGGGGCACCGGCACGAGCCACCAAGUCUCCAUCGCGCGAUCCAAGCACGUCACGGGACCGUACGAGCCCUGCCCCGCCAACCCGAUCCUCACCAACAAGAACACCCCCGCGUACUUCCAGACCGUCGGCCACGCGGACCUGUUCCAGGACCCGACCGGGAACUGGUGGGGCGUGGCGCUGGCCACGCGAUCCGGACCCGCAUGGGAGAUCUACCCCAUGGGUCGCGAGACGGUGCUCUACCCCGCCGAGUGGGAGGAGGGCGCCUGGCCUCGACUCCAGCCGGUCCGGGGGACAAUGCGCGGACCGCUCCCUCCAUCCUCACGAGCCGUGCCAGGCCAGGGUCCCUUUGUAGACGCGAGCGAGAGACUCUCCUUCGCGCCGGGCUCUCCCUGGCCCCCGACCUUGCAGACCUGGCGCCCCCAGCACCCCGCCCCGGACCGGUCACUAUUCACAAUCUCCCCACCAGACCACCCGCACACGCUGCGCCUCACCCCAUCCUGGGCCAACCUAACCGGCAACGCCUCCUUCACCCCCGGAAAAGACCACCUCUCCUUCCUCGGCCGCAUCCAAACGAGCACGCUCUUCGAGUACGCGGUCACCCUCCACGACUUCACCCCCGGCAUCGAGGCCGAAGAAGCGGGCGUCUCCAUCUUCCUGACCCAGACCCAACACGUCGAUCUGGGGCUCGUGCUGCUGCGGGAUGCCCACGGGAAACUGGCCCCGCAUUUCCGCCUCCGCGUGGAAGCGUCCGGCCGCCCGGAUCUGGUGGCUCCCGACGCGGUGGUUUCGGCGGUUCCGGCCGCGUGGUGGGGGAGGGGGAUUGUGCUGCGGGUACGCGCGCCGGAUGAUGCGGGGUAUGUGUUGUCUGCGGCGCUGGUGGGGAGUCCCGGGAGUGAGAUUGUGCUGGGCAGGGCGAGUGCGGGGGUUCUCAGUGGGGGGAGUGGGCCGUUUACUGGGACGCUGUUGGGGGUGUAUGCCACGGGGAAUGGGGGGGCGGGGGAGACGCCUUCGUACUGGAGUAAUUGGACGUAUGUGCCGGUGGCGCAGGAGGUUGAUGCUGGGGUGUUUGUGGAUGCUUGA